AUGGGCCCACUGAUUGUAUCAGAUAAACACUUUGCAUCAGCCUACCUGUAUUUAACAGAACAAUACAUUCAUGGGCCCACAUGCACUGGCCUGUGUGGAACAGGGAUCUUUCAACCUUGGCUGUAUGUAUUAAUCAAGGGUAAAGUAACUGCAGUAUGUGAUGGCAAUGCUUGUAGCGCAGAAGCAAAGCAAUCAGCCUGGAAGAUAUGUCAGAGCAAUAAGAACAUAAUAAAAAAUGCACCAGUGAACUUUAGCAAGGACAUGGAUGGGUGGAUGGACUAUGGCAGAGGACCUGGAGUGGGCAUGUGGGACAUGCAAGUGCAUUUGUGUGGAUGCAACAAUUGCACAUUAGCACAUGAUAGCCCAUAUAGAGGUGCAGGUCUCUACAGCGGUAAGGGCAUAGGGUCAGUAUAUAUACUGUAUGGAGGGGAUAAGGGCAGGUCUGCCAUAUUAGUGGUAAGGGUAGAGGGGAAACAAGUCAGAGACAAGUCAAAUUACCAAACAAUUGAUAAGGGCUAUGCAACUUGGCAAGUAAAACAGAUACAGAAAGAGGAGAACAAGCCAGAAAAGGUGAUUGGCAAUCACCCAAGAAUAGAAGUCCCAUUGGAGCACAAGAAACAUUCUGAAGAGAGUGUAGAGCUUUCUUUCUUUUUCUCUGCACCCCAGCAGAGAGUUGUUGUACCUUUACUGCAGAGAACCAGACCAAAAGUCCAGUUCAAAAUGCAGUUCCAGACUGGACUGUACCAGCACUAA